AUGCGCUUCACACCUUCCAUAGUUGCCUCUGCGGCUCUUUUGUCUACUGCCAACGCGGCUAUCAAGGGCUUCAACUACGGUGCCCAGUUCAACAACGACGCAGCUAAGACUCUGACCGACUUCGAAUAUGAGUUCAACAAUGCAAAGACCCUCCCCGGUACCGACGGCUGGACAAGCGCCCGUCUUUACACCAUGAUCCAGCACGGAACCCAGAGCACCAUCAUUGAGGCAAUCCAGGCCGCCAUCAACACCAAGACCACCCUUCUUCUUGGUCUGUGGGCCUCCGCCGGUCAGGACUCGUUCAACAACGAGGUCAACGCACUGAAGGCUGCCAUCUCUCAGUACGGCACCGCCUUCACUGACUUGGUCGUUGGUAUCUCCGUCGGUUCUGAGGAUCUCUACCGCAUCUCCGCCGAUGGUGCUGGAGGCAACCCUGGUACCGGGCCCGACGUUCUCGUCAGCUACAUCAAGCAGGUCCGCGACGCCAUUGCUGGGACCAGCCUUUCUAGCGCCAAGCUCGGUCACGUCGAUACAUGGCAGGUCUACGUCAAUGCUAGCAACAGCGCUGUCAUCGACAACCUUGACUGGAUUGGCAUGGAUGCGUACCCCUACUUCCAGAGCUCUUUCGCCAACGGCAUUGGCAAUGGUGGCGACCUUUUCUUCGACGCCUACAACCAGACCGUCGCUGCCACCAAGGGCAAGCCCGUCUGGGUCACUGAGACUGGAUGGCCCGUUAGCGGCGAGACCGUCAACCAGGCCGUUCCCUCCGCCGACAACGCCCGCAUCUACUGGGAGGAUGUCACCUGCAAGCUUGUUAAUGACAACGUCAACCUGUAUUACUACACCCUCCAGGAUGUCCAGUGGGGUAACCCCAGCCCUUCCUUUGGUCUCAAGCCCGGAGGUGAUCUCGCCCAGGUCUCUCCCCUGUUUGACCUGUCUUGCCCUGCUGCGGCCAAGAACUCCGAUCCAUUCAAUAUCAGGAGUAACGGCUACGUCGCACGGCUAUCGCCCACCUUGUCUACGGUCUUUGUCUUCGAUGUUCGUUCUGAAAAUCGAGGCAAGACCUGCAAUCUCGCCUUUUACAUGCCUCCGGCCUUCCCUUGGCAAGACAUAUCGCCUGUCAAGAUCCGAUCGCCGGGUGGCAUCAUUGUGUCAAGCGUGGGACAACAAUCUACAUCGGCGGACAUAAGUGCGAGCAACAUCGUCAGCACUGGCGUUGUAGGAUGGGUACCUUCUGUUCAGCCUGCCAAUCAGUACAAUCUUGCAAGCUUUCCUUGCGCAGCGGAACAGAAGGUUGCGUAUCAGAUCGAAUCUGCUGGAGGGCUUACCAUGGACUUCUUUCAGAUGACUGUGCCGCCUCUCGGUCUGUUCAUGUCAGUAUCUUGA